AAUAUAUAACACAGAAACCACAUUACACAUCGCCGCAGCCAUUCUUUACAUUAUCGGAAAAAACUUGUUCCCUUUUUGUCUCCUUAUAUAUUCGCAAGAUUCUAUGUAAAUACAUGCAUAUUUUCUCGGAAUCUUCCAUGUUUGAAUUUCAGAUUAAAGCCCGCUUUAGAUGACCUAUAACUCACGAUAGAUUAUAGGAUAGAAUUCUCCGCUGAAUUCUAUCGUGAGUCAUAUGGUUUGAAGCAGAUUCGACGUAUUGAAGUUAAAUAAUUGUAAAAUUAGAGGGAACAUUGUUUCGUACGCUUUAUUUAUUUAUUUAGAAAGAACGCUCAGUCCGACUGUUUAACGAAGUAUAAUAUAAAAGAAACAUUGCUAAAUUAUGUACACUUUUAUUCCAUAACUUUCCGCGAUCUCUGGCGCAAUUUGAUGAUUUUUCCAUUUUUCCAGAAUCUGUUCUAGCUCUUCGAUGAAAAAGUUUUUCACGUCGCGCGCGAGUUUCUCGGGCGAUCCAAUAGAAGAUUUUCGUUUUCCUAGAUUAGGUAAAUGUCAUGCUGUGCGACAGUGGCAUUGUUUCGUCUGUCGGGGGUGCAAUCCCACCUAACGCCGCGAGGAAUUUAUAGUUUUUCCAAUUAUGUAGCCGUUCGCUAUUUACAUCCUUCUAAUCCACUGAGACCACCAACUUCUCCGCGGCACAUACAUAUAUACCACGGAAAGAAAAGAGAAUAGAGUGAGGGUGAGAUCGCUGCGGCUCUGUAUGCCUGGAAAUUUACAAUGCUAUAUUCCGGAGACAUUUACACGAUAGGGGUUGGCCCGUCUUAAAUCUUCCGAUUAACUUCGAGCCUGGCUGCUCCAGAUUUUAUUACCCGCCACGCGCGGUACUUACGAGUUUAACGUAAGAAUUGCAUUUGUAUACAAAUUGCAAGAAUCGCAAGCGUGUAUCUUAUGUUGGAAGACGAAAACAUAUCAAUGCAAAACCUAAUUCUGCAUAAGAAACACCUCAAUUGUGAAUAAAUAUUUGUCAUCAUAGAAUAAUGAUGAUGUUAUUUAAUAAAUGUGAUGAUAUUUAAAAAAAUACAUAUUUUUAAGAAAUUUUAGCGUUGUCGCGCGCUUGUCGUAUAUUUAUAUGCCUUUUUGCGUGAAAGUUUUGUAUAUUACGCAUCAGAUGAAUUACACGCGACUGUAUAGAGAUAUUUUUACAAAUGAUAAGACGAGAAGGCGGAGAAUGAUUAUCAAGCCUUCCAAUUGCGCACAGUGGCGGACAUGGAACUUUAUUUCGGAUGUUGUUUGGAUGCAACUGUGUCCGAUCGGAAGCAUGUCUGGUCAGAAUGAUGUUCGCGAUCGGAACCAUGCGCAAAUGAAAUUGCGUCCGAUCGGAAUCGUACGCAAACGUAAUCGUAUUCGAUGGGAAUACUGUGUGUCCGAUCGGAAUCAUGUGCAAACGCACCGUGUCCGAUAAAAAUACUGUGUAUCCAACCGCACUGACGUCCGAUCGGCAUCGUAUCCGAUCGCAACUGUGCGCGAACGCAACCGUGUCCGAUCGCUACUGUACGAUGUCUGAUCCGGACUGUAUCCGAUUGGGAAAUAACGCCGUGUCCGAACGCCACUGUGUGCAAUCAGGAUCCACUCGUUAUCACCUCCUCUGAUAGCAGCGAUUCUCCCCCACGAACCGCGAAAUAAUACACUUCAAUAAGCUUCAAACAGACAGCUUUUUACAGUAGUAUCUGCAUCUGUUUUGCUAUUAAACAAUUAUAACCAUAAAUGUUUUAUAAUAGGUUUUCACUCAUUUUGUGCAGGAUCUUAUUAUAUCUUGCACAAAAUAUAAUAUUAUAUUAGUUAGCGGGAAACAUCUUUAAGUUUUGCCUAAUAUAUUCAGGUCGAUUUAAUUUUAAAUGUUUUGUCAAAACAUUUAAAAUUUUAUAUCAGCUAAAUAAUCAAAUAUUCAUACUUGUGCAUGUAAGCUUGAAAAAUCAGCUUUAAAUAAUAUAUACAAAAAUCUAUAAAAACAAACUAUAUGAAGAGUUUCUACAAAUAAUGAGUAUAUUUUCGCUUCAUUAAAUCGCUCCAAGCUCUUCAAUAUUUGAUCCAAUCUGAUUAGGAACGAUUAUUCUUUCAAUUAUUUCGUAACACAUUUAAUCAGUUUUCCAUUUAAGAUAUAUCCUUCACUCUGCCAAGAGAUUUAGGAGGGGAUCUAGGCUGACUGCUGACUGCUAUUUGAUCAGACUGAUUCUCUGAAGAAACAUAAAGCGAAGGAGAUACGGAGACCUUGGAUGCUGCGAUCGUUUGCGAACCACUGCUGUCGGUCUUCGGACGAUUGCCGGUGAUAGAACACUACAGUCUUUUUGGGCGGAUCAUUUGGCCUGCCUCGGUAUGCCGAGCAGCCGGGUAGGGAUGUAGGGUCGUGCUGACACUACAAGGGCAUCUUAGUUCUCCUCCGAUCUCGGCUUGGUACGCACGUGUUCGUUCAUACGGUUGCCAAGGGGCAAACGUUAGCCAAAUAGCUAGAAGAGAUCUUAAGUGGAUCCUGGAUUCUCUCUUUCGCUCCGAAAUUUUGUGCAAACGUCCGUAAUCCACUUCCGAAACACGAUAAUUACUGUGAAUCACGCCUUUGAUCUUCCUUUGGCUCUGUAUCGUCUCAUCUCGUAGGGAUACUUUACGACUGAAGAGCGACCAACUGGGAGAAAAUCAUGAUGUACUUUUUGCUCAUUAGUUGCGUCGCGUUGCAUUUUGGCGCUCGCGAGCAAUUCGUCUCGGCCGCACCAUCCUUGACCGACGAGUAUGGCUCUACCGAACACUCGAACACCCCCAUUGGCACGAAUACAGAAACGGGGUUGCGUAUCGGUAAUACGCACCAACACGGUUGUCCGUGUUCCGAUGGCUCCUCCGGAAAAUCGGAUGAAUUGACGCAACAGAGGCAGCAUCUCGAGCAGUUGUACAGCCGGAACAUGAUGGUGCACGGCAUGAUGUGCAUGUGCAACGUGGCCAUGCGGGGCGCCCCGAUGAGGGAUGAUUAUCAUUACACAGUGGGGAUCGGGUCCCACAAGCUGCACACGCGAGUCGCUACAUGGAACGAGGCGAGGAAAGCCUGCAACGAGGAGGGUGGUCACCUCGCCAUCAUCAACUCCAUGGCCGAGGAGCGCGUGCUGGUGGAAAUGUUCAAUCGCUCAGGGUCGUUCAAGGGAGCAGCGACUCAGGAGGAGGCUUUCUUGGGUUUACACGAUCUUUACAAGGAGGGCGAGUGGGUCACGGUGUUGGGCGAUUCGCUGGCGAAAACCGGUUACAGCAAGUGGAGCGAGAGAUGGGGCGGCCAGCCAGACAACGGAGGUGGCAAACAGCACUGCGGAAGCCUAGUGAAGGACGGCAGCAUGGAUGACGUCGCGUGUGAAAUCAUGUUACCAUUCUUCUGCGAACUUCCGAUGAUACAACCGUUACACUAAUAAAGAAGAAGUGCCCUCGACGUGCGAGAGAUUAAGUAUCGUUCGCACCAGGCACGCACGGUUCGUUGCAGCAUCCUGAUAUGGUCUUUUCAAAGCUGCAUCCUCUGCGUCUUUCCACGCAGGGAGAUCCUCCCUCGAUUAUCAGUAAAACGAGGUGAUUUGUUUAGUAUAUAAAUUAUAUAAUAAUUAAUAUACUAAAUAAAAGAUAAAAA